CGCGGGGUGCCCGGAGGAGGCGCUGCGACAUGGACGAGCCGCCUUUCAACGAGGCGGCCUUGGAGCAGGCGCUGGCUGCGCCGUGCGAGCUGGACGCUGCGCUGUUGACCGACAUCGAAGACAUGCUGCAGCUCAUCAACAACCAGGAGAGCGACUUCCCAGGCCUCUUCGAUGCCCCUUAUGCAGGGGACGGGGCCCCGAGCACCGAGCUGCACAGCGCUGAUGCCACUUCCCCAGGCAGCCUGUCCCCGCCCCCUGCCAUGCUGGGCUCCCCCCUAGAAGGCCUCCUGGGAGAUUCCAAGGCCACAGCUCCCCUGCCCCUGUCCCCUCCCCAGACCACACCUACCCCAUUGAAGGUGUAUCCAUCUCUGCCCCCCUUCUCCCCUGGACCUGGGAUUAAGGAGGAGCCUGUGCCACUGAGCAUCCUGCAGCCUCCUGCCCCGCAGGCCCUGCCAGGUGCCCUGCUGGUCCAGAGCUUCCAGGGUCCGACCCUGGCCCCACCACUGGGCAGCUCUGCCUCUGGGCUGGGCUACUCCAGCCCUGCUUCAGGCUUCUCUCCAGGCACCCCUUCAGCCAGUGCCCAGCAGCUACUGACUGGCCAGCCACAGGCUUCCCUGCCAGGGGGCCCAUCUGGCUCCUUGCAUACCCAGGUCCAGGGCGCAGCUCCCCAGCAGCUGCUGGCAGCCACAGCUGCCCCCCAAGCAUCUCCUAGAACGGCUACUGUGGCCUCUCAGAUCCAGCAGGUCCCGGUCCUGCUCCAGCCGCACUUCAUCAAGGCAGACUCACUGCUCCUGACAACCAUGAAAACGGACGUGGGAGCCACUGUGAAGUCAGCGGGGAUCCCCUCUCUGACCCCUGCUACUGCCAUGCAGACAGGGCCCCUGCAGACCCUGGUGAGCGGAGGGACCAUCCUGGCCACAGUGCCGCUGGUGGUGGACGCGGACAAGCUGCCCAUCAACCGGCUAGCAGCCAGUAGCAGGGUCCCUGGUGCGACCCAGAGCCGUGGUGAGAAGCGCACGGCCCACAACGCCAUUGAAAAGCGCUACCGUUCUUCCAUCAAUGACAAGAUCGUGGAGCUCAAGGACCUGGUGGUGGGCACCGAGGCAAAGCUGAAUAAAUCGGCUGUCUUGCGCAAGGCCAUCGACUACAUCCGCUUCCUACAACUUAGCAACCGGAAACUCAAGCAGGAGAAUCUGAGUCUGCGGACCACUGUCCACAAGAGCAAUUCUCUGAAGGACCUGGUGGCCCCCUGUGGUGGCGGGGCUAGCACAGAAGUGCCCAUGGAGGGCACGAAGCCGGAUGUGGUGGAUGUACUGACUCCACCCCCCUCGGAUGCUGGCUCGCCCUCCCAGAGCAGCCCCCUGCCCCUGGGUGGCAGGGGUAGUGGUGGUGGCAGCGACUCGGAGCCUGACAGCUUCAUCUUGGAGGACAGCCAGGGGAAGCCUCUGCUGUCACCCCCCUGCAGCCGAGGCCUGCUGGACCGUACCCGACUGGCCCUGUGUGCCUUCGUCUUUUUCUGUUUGUCCUACAACCCCUUGGCCUCCCUGCUAGGUGGGUGGGGCCUCCCUGGCCCCCCGGAUGCCACCAGUGUCUACCAUGGCCCUGGGCGCAACAUGCUGGGCGCUGAGGGCAGAGACAGCCACAGCUGGGCCCAGUGGCUGCUGCCGCUGCUCGUGUGGCUGAUGGAUGGGCUGCUGGUGGUGGGCUCCUUGGCCUUGCUCUUCAUCUACGGGGAGCCAGUCACACGGCCACAUUCCCGAGCCGCCGUGCACUUCUGGAGGCAUCGCAGGCAGGCCGACCUGGACCUGGCUCGGGGGGACUUUGCCCAGGCUGCCCAGCAGCUGUGGCGAGCCCUUUGGGUGCUGGGCCGACCCCUCCCCACCUCCCACCUGGACCUGGCUUGUAGCCUGCUCUGGAACGUCACCCGCCACCUCCUGCAGCACCUCUGGGUGGGCCGCUGGCUGGCCAGCCGGGCAGGGGGUCUGCAGAAGGAUAGCUCCUUACAGGCGGAUGCCCGGGCUAGUGCCCGGGAUGCUGCCCUGGCCUACCACCAACUCCACCAGCUGCACACCGUGGGGAAGUUCAAUGGUGGGCACCUUGCUGCCAUCAACUUAGCGCUGGGUGCCCUGAACCUGGCCGAGUGCGCGGGUGACACGGUGGCCGUGGAAACGCUGGCAGAGAUCUAUGUGGCAGCUGCUCUGAGGGUCAAGACCAGCCUUCCUCGAACCUUCCACUUCCUGACUCGCUUCUUCCUGAGCAGCGCGCGGCAGGCCUGCCUGGCCCAGAGUGGCUCAGUGCCUCUUGCCAUGCCGUGGCUCUGCCAUCCUGCGGGCCACCGCUUCUUUGUGGACGGAGAGUGGGCUGUGCAGAGUGCCCCAAGGGAGAGUCUGUACAGCUCGGCUGGGAGCCCAGUGGACCCCCUGGCCCAGGUGACUCAGCUAUUCCGUGAACAUCUUCUGGAGCAAGCCCUGAGCAGUGUGGCCCAGCCCAGUGCUGGCCCCAGUUCAACUGAAGGAGACCAGGAGUUCUCCGAUGCCCUCGGGUACCUGCAGCUGCUCAACAGCUGCUCCGACACUGCAGGGCCUCUUGCCUCCAGCUGCCCAGGCGGAGGCCCCAGCGAGGCCAGUCCUGGCACUGACCCGGUGGCCAAGUGGUGGGCGUCACUAGUGGCUGUGGCGAUCCAUUGGCUGCGGCGGGAUGUGGAGGCGGCUGAGCAGCUGUGCCCACUGGUGGAGCGCCUGCCCCAGGCUCUGCAGGAGGCCGAGAGAGCCCUCCCCAAGGCAGCCCUUCAUGCCUUCAAGGCUGCCCGCGCCUUGCUGGGUCGCAGCAAGGUAGAGUCUGUGCCGGCCAGCUUGGCCUUCUGUGAGAAGGCCAGCGGGCACUUGCGGGACAGCCUGGCCUCCAUGCCCACUGGCAGCUCCAUCGACAAGGCCGUGCUGCUGCUCCUGUGCGACCUGCUCCUGGUGGCACGCACGUGCCUGUGGCGACAGCAGCAGACCUCGGGGCCUGGGCAGGCCUCCCAGGGGCUCGGCAGCGGGCCCCAGGCCUCGGCCCUGGAGCUGCGUGGCUUCCAGCAGGACCUGAGCAGCCUGCGCAGACUGGCACAGAGCUUCCGGCCGGCCAUGCGGCGCGUGUUCCUGCACGAGGCCACCGCCCGGCUGAUGGCAGGGGCCAGCCCCACCCGGACCCACCAGCUCCUGGACCGCAGUCUGAGGCGGAGGGCCGGCCUGGGCGGCAAAGGCUCAGCGGCAGAGCUGGAGCCCAGGCCCACGAGACGGGAGCACGCCGAGGCCUUGCUGUUGGCUUCGUGCUACCUGCCGCCCGGCUUCCUGUCGGCGCCCGGGCAGCGCGUGGGCAUGCUCGCCGAGGCCGCGCGCACGCUGGAGAAGCUGGGUGACCGCCGGCUGCUACACGAUUGCCAGCAGAUGCUCCUGCGCCUGGGCGGCGGCACCACCGUCACCUCCAGCUAGACCGUGCUGGCACCCAACCCAGGCUGCACUGUGUCCGGAGGGACGUGUGGGGGUGGGGGUGGGGAUC